UCGUCCAUCUGUGAUCUGCAAGGUGGUGGGAGCUGCAGGCGGGACUCGGGAGGCCCAGGAACUAGAAAUGGACUCAGUGGCCUUUGAGGAUGUUAAUGUGGAGUUCACCAUGGAGGAGUGGGCUUUCCUGGAUCUGACCCAGAAGAAACUCUAUACAGAUGUGAUGCUGGAAACCUUCUGGAACCUGGCAUCAGUAGCAUGUAUUUUAGAAGUAAAAUGUGAAGACCGUGACAGUGGAGAUCAAUAUGAAAGUCAUGGGAUGAAUCUUAGCAAUCAUAAGGUAGAGAGACUGUGUAAAUGGAAAUAUGGUUGUCAAUUCAGAGAAAACUUCAGCCAGAUUCCAAAUCAUAAUGAGAAGAUGGAAACUCCUACUGAAAUUAAACAACCUAAAUCCAGGUUGUGUAGGCAAAUAUUCAUGCAUUAUUUAUCCUUGAAUAACCACCUGAGCUCUCACAUUGGACCCAAACUACACCUGUGUCAGGAAUAUGAAGAAAACCCUUAUAAAUGUAAGGGACCUGAGAAAGCUUUCAAGCCUCACCAACAUAUUCAAAGACAUGAAGGCAGCCCCAGUGACAAAUCUUUCCACUAUUCAACUUCCCAUAGAAAGCACGAAAGAACGCAUAUUGCUGGGAAACCGUUUAAGUGUAAGCAAUGUGGGAAAGGCUUUAAUCAUCUCAUUUACUUUAAACUUCACAAAAAUACUCAUACCGGAGAGAAACCAUAUCAAAGUAAGCAACGUGGCAAAGCUUUCAGGUCUCCCAAGUACUCUCGAGAAAAUGAAAGCGCACACACUGGAGAAAAGCCCAAUCAGUGUAAGAAAUCUGGAAAAGCUUUCAGUUCCACUUCUCUUAGAAAUUCUGAGAGAACUCAUACUGGUGAGAAACCUUAUAAAUGUAAGCAAUGUGGUAAAGAUUUCUCUCAUCGAACUUCCCUGCAUUAUCAUAAAAGAACACAUACUGGGGGAAAACCCUAUGAAUGUAAGCAAUAUGGUAAAGUUUCCUCUCAUUCAGCUACUCUCCAAAAGCAUAAAAUCAUUCAUACUGGGGGAAAAUCCUAUAAAUGUCAGUAUUGUUAUAAAGAUUUAUCUAAUCGAACUUCCCUCCUACGUCAUGAAAGAAUUCAUAUUGGGGAAAAACCCUAUAAAUGUCAGCAUUGUGGCAAAGCUUACUGUGAUCGAGGUGCCCUCUGUCGUCAUGAAAGAACUCAUACUGGGGUAAAACCCUAUGAAUGUAAGUAUUGUGGUAAAGGUUUCAAUUAUCCAUCUUCUCUCCAAGGUCAUGAAAGAAUUCAUACUGGGGAAAAACCCUAUGAAUGUAAGCAUUGUGGAAAAGCCUACAGUUAUCCACAGUCCUGUCAAAGGCAUGAAAGUACACACACUGUCAAAACGCGCCAUGUAUGUCAGAAAUGUGGUAAGGCUUUCAGUCUUUCUGCAUAUCUUAGAGAUCAUGAAACAAUACAUACUGGGGAGAAACCCUUUGACUGUAAGCAAUGUGGGAGAUCUUUUAGAUAUUCCAGUUCUCUUAGAAAUCAUCGAAGAAUGCAUACUGGGGAGAAACUCUACAAAUGUAAGGAAUGUGAGAAAGCUUUCUAUUCUGCCAGAUGUCUUAGUAAGCAUAAAGUAUCUCAUCAUGGAAAAAAGCCUCAUGAAUGUAAGGAAUGUGGUAAAACUUUCCUUUAUCCCUAUUUGCUUAGAAAUCAUGAAAAACAUCAUGCUUAGGGAAAACCCUAUGAAUGUAACCAUUGUGAUAAAGCUUUCUCUUAUCCAAGUUCCCUCUAACAUCAUGAAAUAACUCAUAAUAAGGAAAAACCCUAUGACUGUAAACCAUGGGCCAAACCCUUUAUUCAUCCCAGUUCCCUUCAAAAUCACAAAAACACUAAUAGUGGAGAGAUAUCAAAAUGAAUGAAAGAACUCACACUGAAAAUAAGCCCUAUCAUUUAAAGACUGUAGAAAAGCCUUUGACCAUCCUAGUUUCUUUCUCUCUUUUUUAAAUACUCACCUGAGGAUAUUUUUCCGUUGAGAGAGUGGAAGUCAGAGAGAAAGACAGAGCAAUAGUGAUGUGACAAAAACAUAUCAAUUGGUUGCCCUCCUUCACAUGCCUAGAUAUUUAAGGACACAAAGUGUGGAGAAAAGCUCUAUGAAUGUAAGGAAUGUGGUAAUGUUUUCAGUUUUUCCAAGUCUCUUAGAAAGCAUGGAAGAACACACUCUGCGGAAAAACCUUAUGAAUGUAAGCAAUGUGGGAAACCUUCAGUUGUGUCACACAUCUUGGAAGACAAAAGAAGACAUGAUG